UGUGUCAACGUACUAGUGAGACUCCCAAUUCUGAUAAGGUCGAGAGUGAAAAGAAGGGUCUGAAAUGGCUUCUAUUGGGCUGGAACUGAGCGGCUUUGCUCUGGGAAUUCUGGGUUUGUUAGGGACACUGCUGGCCACCGUUUUACCGCACUGGAGGACGACAGCGUUCAUCGGCUCCAACAUUAUCACCACCGUGGGCUACCUGAAGGGCCUGUGGAUGGAGUGCGCCUACUUCAGCACGGGCACCUUCCAGUGCGAAAUGUAUCGCUCACUGCUGGCUUUGCCACCGGAUCUCCAGGCCGCACGAGCCAUGAUGGUCAUCUCAGUGGUUCUGUCCACUCUAGGCUGUGUCAUCUCUUCCAUUGGGAUGAAGUGCACUGUCUUCAUGCUGAGAAGCACGUCCAAAUCCCAAGUAGCUGGAGCCGGGGGCUGCUGUUUCCUAGCUGCAGGCUUCAUGUGCUUAGUCCCAGUGUCAUGGACCACUAACGAGGUGAUCCGUUUGUUUUACAAUCCAAUGCUACCCAACAGCUACAGGUAUGAGAUGGGUGUGGCACUCUACCUUGGUAUGGUGUCUGGCAUGCUCUCCCUCCUUGCUGGUGGCAUCCUCUGUGCCUCCUGCUGUGGGCAGGAAGAGGGCUCAAGACGCCCGGGCCUCAGGCUCAGCCCUUACCCAAACCGCAACCCCCAACGCUUGCAGCCAAUGACUUUCCGGAACCCAGCGGUGCAAAACAGCUAUGCCAUCGGCAGCAUAAAACACAACAUCAGCCACGAUGGAUACAACCUAGAUGGGUAUGUGUGA